AUGAUAGAAACAAACCAUAAAGAUAAUUUUUUAAUUGAUGGUGAAAAUAAAAAUUUAGAAAUUAAUGAUAUUAUUAGUAUUAGUAAAGGUGAAAAAAAUAUUAUUUUCACUAAUGAAUUAUUAGAAUUUUUACAAAAAGGAAGAGAUCAAUUAGAAAAUAAAUUAAAAGAAAAUGUUGCAAUUUAUGGUAUAAACACUGGUUUUGGUGGUAAUGGUGAUUUAAUAAUUCCAUUUGAUAAAUUAGAUUAUCAUCAAAGUAAUUUAUUGGAUUUUUUAACUUGUGGCACUGGUGAUUUUUUUAAUGAUCAAUAUGUUAGAGGUAUACAAUUUAUUAUUAUAAUUGCACUUUCAAGAGGUUGGUCAGGUGUUAGACCAAUGGUAAUUCAAACAUUGGCUAAACAUUUAAAUAAAGGUAUAAUUCCACAAGUACCAAUGCAUGGAUCAGUAGGGGCAAGUGGUGAUUUAGUACCUUUGAGUUAUAUUGCUAAUGUGCUAUGUGGAAAAGGUAUGGUGAAGUAUAAUGAAAAAUUAAUGAAUGCUUCAGAUGCCUUAAAAAUUACAUCUAUUGAACCACUAGUUUUAAAAUCAAAAGAAGGUUUGGCAUUAGUAAAUGGUACAAGAGUAAUGAGUUCAGUUAGUUGUAUUUCAAUUAAUAAAUUUGAAACUAUUUUUAAAGCUGCAAUUGGUAGUAUCGCAUUGGCAGUUGAAGGUUUAUUAGCUUCAAAAGAUCAUUACGAUAUGAGAAUUCAUAAUUUAAAAAAUCAUCCAGGUCAAAUUUUAAUUGCACAAAUUUUAAAUAAAUAUUUUAAUACUAGCGAUAAUAAUACCAAAAGCAGUAAUAUUACAUUCAAUCAAUCUGAAAAUGUUCAGAAAUUGGAUAAAUCAGUACAAGAAGUUUAUUCAUUACGUUGUGCUCCACAAAUUUUGGGUAUAAUAUCUGAAAAUAUAAGUAAUGCAAAAAUUGUAAUAAAAAGAGAAAUUUUAUCAGUUAAUGAUAAUCCAUUAAUUGAUCCUUAUUAUGGUGAUGUAUUAAGUGGUGGUAAUUUUAUGGGUAAUCAUAUUGCUAGAAUAAUGGAUGGUAUUAAAUUGGAUAUAUCUUUGGUUGCCAAUCAUUUACAUUCAUUAGUUGCUUUAAUGAUGCAUAGUGAAUUCUCUAAAGGUUUACCAAAUUCCCUAAGUCCAAAUCCUGGAAUUUAUCAAGGUUAUAAAGGAAUGCAAAUUUCUCAAACUUCAUUAGUAGUUUGGUUAAGACAAGAAGCCGCACCUGCUUGUAUACAUAGUUUAACAACUGAACAGUUUAAUCAAGAUAUUGUUAGUUUAGGAUUACACUCUGCAAAUGGUGCUGCAUCAAUGUUAAUUAAACUAUGUGAUAUUGUUUCAAUGACUUUAAUCAUAGCUUUUCAAGCCAUUAGUCUUAGAAUGAAAUCUAUUGAAAAUUUUAAAUUACCAAAUAAAGUCCAAAAACUUUAUUCUUCAAUUAUAAAAAUUAUUCCAAUACUUGAAAAUGAUAGAAGAACUGAUAUUGAUGUUAGAGAAAUUACAAAUGCAAUACUUCAAGAUAAACUUGAUUUUAUUAAUUUAAAUUUAUAA